GUGCCAACUGUCUAAUAUAUCAUCUAAAUGCUACGCCAUUGUGUGUCAGAUUAACGAUCGUCUUCGUUGCGCUACCAGUGAAAAAGUAAACUAAUCAUCGAAGAAUAUAAUUUCCGAAGUUACUCGAAUUCUACUACAGUUUUUAUAUUAAUUACAUUUUCAUUUAAUAAGAUGGCUGAUACUAAAAACCCAGAAGAUUUAGCUACUGCGAUUCUUCGCAAAAAGGAUCGUCCAAACAGACUUCUUGUAGAGGAAGCAGUAAAUGAUGACAAUUCUGUUGUGGCUUUAUCUCAAGUAAAAAUGGAUGAACUACAACUUUUUAGAGGAGACACAGUUCUACUUAAAGGCAAACGAAGAAAAGAAACGGUCUGCAUAGUUCUUUCUGAUGAUUCGUGUAGUGAUGAAAAGAUUCGCAUGAAUAGAAAUGUUAGAAAUAAUUUAAGAGUUAGGCUUUCUGAUGUUGUUUCUAUACAGCCUUGCCCAGAUGUCAAGUAUGGGAGAAGAAUACAUGUGCUUCCUAUAGAUGAUACUGUUGAAGGACUUACAGGAAAUUUGUUUGAGGUAUAUCUUAAACCAUACUUUCUUGAAGCAUAUAGACCGAUCCACAAAGAUGAUGUUUUUGUUGUACGGGGUGGCAUGAGAGCUGUUGAAUUUAAAGUGGUAGAAACUGAUCCCGCACCUUAUUGCAUAGUUGCACCUGAUACUGUGAUUCAUUGUGAUGGUGAUCCUAUUAAACGUGAAGAGGAAGAAGAAGCCCUUAAUGCUGUUGGUUAUGAUGAUAUUGGGGGCUGUAGAAAACAAUUGGCACAGAUUAAAGAAAUGGUUGAAUUGCCUCUGAGACAUCCCAGCCUUUUUAAGGCAAUUGGUGUUAAGCCACCGCGUGGUAUUCUGUUGUAUGGUCCCCCAGGUACCGGCAAAACUCUUAUAGCUCGUGCAGUAGCUAAUGAAACUGGCGCAUUUUUCUUCUUAAUUAAUGGCCCUGAAAUUAUGAGCAAACUUGCAGGAGAAUCUGAAAGUAAUCUUCGUAAGGCUUUUGAGGAAGCAGAUAAAAAUUCUCCUGCUAUUAUAUUUAUUGAUGAAUUGGAUGCUAUUGCACCCAAAAGAGAGAAGACACAUGGAGAAGUGGAACGUAGGAUAGUAUCUCAACUUUUAACACUAAUGGAUGGAAUGAAAAAAAGUUCUCAUGUAAUAGUAAUGGCAGCUACAAAUAGGCCAAAUUCCAUCGAUCCGGCCUUGCGUAGGUUUGGCAGAUUUGACAGAGAAAUUGAUAUUGGAAUUCCUGAUGCCACUGGUAGAUUGGAAGUUUUACGUAUUCAUACAAAAAAUAUGAAAUUAGCUGAUGAUGUAGAUUUGGAACAAAUAGCAGCCGAAACUCAUGGUCAUGUAGGAGCGGAUUUAGCUUCUUUAUGUUCUGAAGCAGCUCUACAACAAAUAAGAGAAAAAAUGGAUUUAAUAGAUCUGGAAGAUGACCAAAUUGAUGCAGAAGUUCUAAACUCUUUAGCUGUUACAAUGGAAAACUUCCGCUAUGCCAUGACCAAGAGCAGUCCAAGUGCAUUACGUGAAACUGUUGUUGAAGUACCUAAUGUUACAUGGGACGAUAUUGGUGGAUUGGCAAAUGUUAAAAAGGAAUUGCAAGAACUAGUACAGUAUCCAGUAGAGCAUCCAGAUAAAUUUCUUAAAUUUGGUAUGCAACCAUCUAGAGGAGUGUUGUUCUAUGGACCACCAGGUUGUGGUAAAACCUUGUUGGCAAAAGCAAUUGCAAAUGAAUGUCAGGCUAAUUUUAUUUCCAUCAAAGGUCCAGAGUUAUUAACUAUGUGGUUUGGCGAGUCUGAGGCAAAUGUUAGAGAUAUAUUUGAUAAGGCUAGAUCAGCAGCUCCUUGUGUAUUAUUCUUUGAUGAGUUAGAUUCCAUUGCCAAAUCGAGAGGAGGAAAUGUCGGUGAUGCGGGUGGUGCAGCAGAUAGGGUGAUUAAUCAAAUUUUAACAGAAAUGGAUGGUAUGGGAGCUAAGAAAAAUGUAUUUAUUAUUGGUGCUACAAAUCGACCAGAUAUCAUUGAUCCAGCUAUAUUACGUCCAGGUCGUUUGGAUCAGUUGAUUUAUAUUCCUCUCCCCGACGAAAAGUCUCGAGAGGCAAUUUUCAAAGCGAAUUUAAGGAAAUCACCAGUAGCCAAAGAUGUUGAUCUCACUUAUAUCGCCAAAGUUACUCAUGGUUUUUCUGGUGCUGAUUUAACAGAAAUCUGCCAGAGAGCUUGCAAACUUGCAAUUCGGCAAAGUAUUGAAACAGAAAUUAAGCGAGAAAGGGAAAGAGCUUCUAAUCCCAACGUUGCAAUGGACCUGGAUGAUGACGAUCCAGUUCCAGAAAUCACACGGGCCCAUUUUGAAGAAGCAAUGCGUUUUGCUAGACGUUCGGUCUCUGACAACGACAUAAGAAAAUAUGAAAUGUUCGCGCAGACCUUGCAACAAUCUAGAGGAUUCGGUACGAAUUUCCGUUUUCCAUCGGCGGCAAGCGGUGGACCUGCCGCUCCUGGAGCUACGGGAGGUGAUCAGGCUAAUUUCCAAGAUGAUCCUGAAGAUGACCUUUAUAGUUAGAUAUUUGGAAUGGGGUCAAUAAGCACCAAUUUUCAAGUGUUUUUGUAUUUAUUUACAGUAAUUCCUCAGUUUGGUAACAAUACUUCAUUGUUAUAUCAUGUUGUUUAAUACAAUAGUUUUGAAAUAUAACUAAAAGUUUGUCUAA